AUGGCUCUCACUGCUCACAAAAAUCGCCUUCAAUGCUUCAUCCAAUCCAUGUACGACGAGGGGAUUGUGAAUGAACAGUUCUUUCAACUCCAAUCCAUGAAGGAAGCUAUUCGGCCAGAUUUCGUUGUCAGAGCAGUCACUAGCUUCUGCCUAAAACAAGAGGUGAAUUUUCCAAAGGUUCAUGUUCUGGCUCGUGAACUAUAUGCAAGAACCACCGGUGUUGGUGCAGAGAAUGUUAAGCGUGAAUGUGCUGAACUUCUUUAUGCUUCCGAGAUGAAAGAUAAGAAUCAUUGCUAUCAGGCACUUUAUCGAAUCAAGAAUGAAUUUUCUUAUUUGAGGAGAAAACUUGAAACCCUGGUCCAGGUAACUGUUGCUACUUGCUACAUGAUUUUCUCUGCACAGCUGUCAUACACUCAUAUUAUGUAA